AUGGACGUUGACGACUCGGCGGUCGACCUAAGUGUCAGGUCUUUACCACCAGAAUUAAGUGAACUUAGAGCUCUCACAGCAAGUGGUUUAACAAUAACACCAGCGCAACCUCCACCUCAUGGUGCUAGUGGGAAGCGUGUGUUGCGUCCACGCUCAGAACAGCGGAGCUAUGCAGAAAGCCCUGACAUUGUGUUGUUGCCGGCUGCGCCUCCGCAUCGUAAACCUAAUUUGCCCGCACCAGCACCAUUUACAGAUGUUAGCAGCAAGCUGAAUGCGGGCGUGAAUGUAUCAAUAACGCCCAGUACGUUGUCCGUGCCGGCGCCAGAUUCGCCUCGUGAGCCACGAGAAGACGAAGAGUCCGAGGAGGACGAGAAUGAACCACCCCUGCCCAUAGCUGGACAUAGAGAGUUAUCAAGUGCUGAGAUAUGGGAGCGGGAACGCAGGCUCAGAGCUCUCAGAGAAAAAUUGCGUGCAGAGGAGACUCGUCUAGUUCUAUUGAGGAAGCUACGUCAGUCGCAGCAAACAAGUGGCAUUCCUCCUGCAAAGGACUCAACGACUGGUACAGCAUUGGCAGGCAGUGGCUGUGUAGUCCCUCCUGGUGUGACAGUGACGCCAGCUCCUCCGCCUGCCCACCAGCAGAAUAAGCGCGCGGGUGCAACGGGAACUACGGGCAACAACUUGUCUUCGAGCGCUCGCCGACCCUCCAGCCUGCCGGGCGGCGCUACGCUCACACCGGGGCCCUACCGCUCGCAGAGUUCAUCGAGUGGAGGCGCCAGCAUCACUCCGUCGGUGACAAUAACACCAGCCCCGCCCCCAGCCGCCACACAACAUGCACAGCCUAAGCCUGCUCAGGACAAUUCAUCUGUCACCAGUAGCACGAGUGAUGCAGCAAGCUCCCGUAGUUCUGAUGACACACAAACACCUGCCCAGAGGCAGGCCGCCGCUAAAUUGGCGUUGCGUAAGCAACUGGAGAAGACUCUUCUUCAGAUUCCUCCACCAAAACCCCCGCCGCCGGAAAUGAACUUCAUACCCUCACCUAGCAACACAGACUUCGUGUACCUUGUCGGGCUCGAACAUGUUGUUGACUACCUUACCAAUGAAGAACGCAUGCCGCGGGCGAGCGUGCCCGCGGUGUGCGCGCAGUGCGGCUGCGACUUCACGGCGGUGUGGCGCUGGGAGCGCGCGCCGCCACGCCGCCAGGAUGCCACCUUCAGCUGCGCGCCCGCCGCGCGCCGCCUCUGCGAGCUGUGCGUCUCCGGCAACGUGAAGCGCGCGCUCAAGGUAUGUGCACACUGCGCCCCACGAGCUGCUCGUGCUGCACGUGCCCACGCAGUGCGGCUGCGACUUCACGGCGGUGUGGCGCUGGGAGCGCGCGCCGCCGCGCCACCAGGAGGCCACCUUCAGCUGCGCGCCCGCCGCGCGCCGCCUCUGCGAGCUGUGCGUCUCCGGCAACGUGAAGCACGCGCUCAAGGUACGUGCACACUGCGCCCCACGAGCUGCUCGUGCCCGCGCAGUGCGGCUGCGACUUCACGGCGGUGUGGCGCUGGGAGCGCGCACCGCCAGGAUGCCACCUUCAGCUGCGCGCCCGCCGCGCGCCGCCUCUGCGCGCUGUGCGUCUCCGGCAACGUGAAGCGCGCGCUCACGGUACGUGCACACUGCGCCCCACGAGCUGCUCGUGCCCGCGCAGUGCGGCUGCGACUUCACGGUGGUGUGGCGCUGGGAGCGCGCGCCGCCGCGCCGCCAGGAUGCCACCUUCAGCUGCGCGCCCGCCGCGCGCCGCCUCUUUCGCAAAUUUCAAAACUCAUAUUCAACGCAAUUAUUUUAACGAAUUUCCGGCCACACUGGCGCUGCGCGGAGCACACGGCGCGGCUGAAGACUGCGUUCGUGCGCGCGCUGCAGCAGGAGCAGGAGAUCGAGCGGCGGUUGGCCGCGCCCGCGCCCUCGCCGCCGCCCGCGCCACCGCCCGCGCACGCCGCGCCCGCGCUCGCGCACGCGCCCGCGCACGCGCCGCACGCGCCUCACACGCCGCAUACGCCGCACACCCCGCACCAGACGCACGCGCACCGCGCCGCGCAGAUGUCAGUAUCGCGGUCGUCGACUCGAACUCCGGCCCCGUCGACGCCGACAGCGGUGACGCCUCAACCAACCACCACCAAACCUCCACAAUCAUCGAACAGUAACCGUUCGCUAACUGCAGCGGAGUCGCUGACUCGGAGCCAUCAUUCGGAGCGCGCUCGUGAACCAGAAGUGCCUGCCAAGAAAGGAUCGUCAUCCAGUACAGCCAGUCAAGGAAGCAGUUCCAGUAAGCAGCAUCAGCAGUUAGCAGCCGCGGCCGCUGCUCAGAUGGCCUUCGAGCAACACAGUGCUGCGGCUAUGCAAGCUCUGCAGCACCAGUUACUUAGAGGGCUGAGUGGCGCGGGCGGCAGCGGCGGCAUGUCAGCGGCGGCGGCGGCCGCCAUGAUGCAGUUCUCGCCGCUGCUCUACACCUACCAGCUGGCCAUGGCGCAGGCCUCCGCGCUAGCGGGCAAAAGCGGCAACAGCGGAAGUACUGCGGCGAUGGCGGCGGAAAUGCAACGCGUGGCCGAGGCACAGAGGCAAUAUCUUCUUGAUAUGAUACCUGGACAGCAUGGCCGCAAUCCCUGGACUAAGAACUGA